CCCUUAUAAAUAUAGGACGCAGUUCGUCUCCAGACGUUGACUAUCUCCUUCCACAAACUACGACCAUGUGGAAGAUUGUUGUGGUCGCUCUGUUGAGCUACUUGGCCCUGGCCUCUGCGCGCCCGGAACAGUACGAUGGAGGACUGUACAUUCCUACCAGUCACCCCCACCGAUGCGGCGAAAACGAAAUCUUCAAAUCGUGCACGAGCAGUUCCUGUGCCGAAGCGACCUGCGAACGGCCACGAGUCGGACCUGCCUGUACCGCCGACUGUGUGUCUGGCUGCUUUUGCCAACGCGGUUACUACCGCGACGAGGCAAAGAACUGCGUCACGAAGCAAGAGUGCCCCGAAGAUUCGCCCGCCCACACAUAUGUGGAGAACGACUAUGCCCUAGAGUAAAAAAUCCAUGGAGUGAAAGUUUACCAGAACUGCAAUAAAGAUCUUCAAAGACAUUUCACCUAGAA